UGUCCAUUCCCAUUGCAAUAUUGCAUGACAGACUCGUGCCACUAGUUUUGCGUCCUCUUUCUCACACACGUCUGCCUCUCAUCCCCUUCUCUCUCUCUAAAACCCCCCAUACACACUCUCUAAAACGAUGUGCCUUAAAACUUCGCUAAGAGAAGUAUAGUGUCUUAGUACCUGAUUCACAGCUCUCACUAAACAAGUUCUAAUCAAUCACUACAUACAUAUACAUAAUACAUAUAUACACAUAUAUGUCUCGUGUGUGUAUAUAUAUAUCAGUCGAGUAGUCGAUCAGGUUAAAUAGCUCUAGAGCAUUAGUGUAUAUCUAUCUACUUUGAAACUCUGGUCAAUCUCACAAAUCUCGAAUUUUUUUCAAGGAGAUCUGCAGAUUGAUCGUUUGAAGUUAUUACAGAAAGUUUUAGUCAGUUUCACUUAUAUAGCAUUAGUUGAUGGCUUCACCUGAUUUUGAUUCCCCCUGUUCAUCCUCUAAUGUCGAAACCUUUAAUUACUCUUUUAAUAUAUACAAAGAGGAAGGGGCCUCGGCAAACAGUUUUUUUCUGGAAGUUCCCACCAAUUCUAUAUUCCAUAACCGCAAUAUCCCAAAACCUCCUCCUUUCCCUGCUAAAUUUUGUUCAAGAACCAAUUACCCCAGAAGACCUGCAGAGCGUUGCUUUGUCCCAAGGGAAACAAAAGAUACAUGGGACAAGCUCUUCAAAGAAAGUUGGGGAGCAGAUGUCUAUAUUCUUACAGAGAAUAGGGCAAUUAUUCCAGCUCAUUCCAUUGUUCUGAGUGCUGCAUCAACAGUACUGGGGAAUUUUCUGCAGCAAUCAAUAGUAAAAAAUGGUAUCAGAUGCAUUAAGAUUCCUGGGGUACCUUGUGAGGCUGUCUAUGCAUUCAUACGUUUUCUUUACUCAUCUUGCUAUGAAGAAGAAGAGAUGAAGAAGUUUGUUCUUCAUUUAUUGGUUUUGUCACACUCCUUCUCAGUACCAUCACUUAAAAAAUUAUGUGCACACUUUUUGGAGCAGAACUGGCUGACCACAGAAAAUGUGGUAGAUGUGCUUCAGUUAGCGAGAAACUGUGAUGCACCCCGGCUAUCCUUGAUUUGUGUUCGUAUUGUUGUGAGGGACUUCAAAACCAUAUCUUCCACUGAAGGAUGGAAAAUAAUGAGGCGUGUUAAUCCUGCACUUGAGCAAGAGCUUUUAGAGUCAGUUGUUGAAGCAGAUUCCGAUCUUGGAAACUGGAAUGUUAAUUUCAUUUCUUCUUUUCAGAGAAAACAAGAGAGGUUGAAGAAAAUUGAAGAGAAGAUGGUAUACUUACAACUACAUGAGGCAAUGGAAGCCCUACUUCACAUAUGCAGGGAUGGUUGCAGGACAAUUGGGCCCCGUGACAAAGUGCUGAAAGGAAGCCAGGUUGUUUGCAGUUUCCCAGCUUGCAAGGGGCUUGAGACUUUAGUCCGCCAUUUCUCCAAUUGUAAGACCCGGGUCCCUGGUGGAUGUGUGCACUGCAAGCGCAUGUGGCAGCUUCUUGAACUGCAUUCCCGCAUGUGUAAUGCGCCUGAUUAUUGCAAGGUUCCUCUUUGCAGGCAUUUUAAGGAGAAAAUGCAGCAGCAGUGCAAGAAAGAUGAGGCAAAAUGGAAACUGUUGGUUAGCAAAGUGUUGGCGGCAAAGAUUUCACUCGGGCCAUUUGCAUCUCGACGGUCGGGUUUUUUGUGACCUCGAUAUGUACUUCGUUUGUUCAUAGAAGUGUUCAGCCAAUAUUCAGCUGGCUGGCUUUAUGCAUAAACAAAGUAGAAACUGUAAAAAUGUAAGAAACGGGAAUAAAAGUCUUCAUCUGUGGUUUCUUGUUACAUUUAUACAUAAAUCCAUGAUGAGGAUGUGCCUAUGUAAGUUUGAAUUUAAAUUAAAUGUAUGGCGCAUAUCGGUUGAAUUUAUACAUAAAUAUGCGCAUUUCUUCUUGUAAUUGGGUGCAUUUCUUUGGAGGAUUUAUUUUCAUUUUACUA